CUGACGGUCUUCAACACCACGGACGCCUUACCGGGGGCCGCCAUGUUUGUUUUCACCUUUCACCUCCGGGGAAAAGAAGGCGCUCUCCGUGGCGUGCUUCGUAAAAGAGCCAACAGGGGGCGCCAAAUAACAAGCAAAAGACUACAUAACCCACAAUGCACUGCGGCGCCAAGGCCCUCCCUCAUUGGCUGUCUCCGCUCCCCGGCUCGGGCAGCGCGCCGUUGGCGGGGCAGCAGCGGAGCUCAGUCGGCAGCGGCAGAGGAGGGAAGAGUCGGCGGUACCGGCGGUGACGGCGACUCUCGCGUCCACUGGAGAAAUGUACGCAGUUUGAAGACAACCACAGGCAACACGGCAAUUUUAAACCGGGACACGACAUCGGGACGACGUGUAACGGAGCGACACCACGCAUUGAGGAAGCCCCUCCGUGGAAGACCCUCGCGAGCUGGCGCCAGUCCGAUGUCCUCGCCUGCCCUGGUGUGAUGCGUCAUGGCCCCCGUGCUGACUGGCGUGUGGUGGGGGCCGGAGGCCGCCGUGGUCGGCGCGGGGGGUCGGGCGGCGGCCCGGCUGGGCGUCUCCGGCGCCGGCGCCCAUCUCGUCCCCGCGGUGGCCCUCAGCGUCCUGGCCGCCCUGGUGCUGGUGUCCGUCUUGCUGCUGCUGUGCACGAGCUGCCGUGGGCAGAAGAAAGCAAUCACCGGACAUCCGGCAGGAGACCGGGUGGACCUCAUGGAUGCGACGUCAGAUAAAGAGACGGUCAGCCAGUCGGCCGACAGUCCGGUGACAGACGUUUGCGCCAGCGGCUCCCGCAACGGCCCUUUUACCAGCGGUACAAUCCUCACAGACACGCGGGCCAGCAGCCCUCACCCGUCAGAGGAGAUCCCGUCCAGCCAGUCGGAGAACCGGUCCUCCAAGUGCCCGCAGGGCCGCGAGCUGCCCAGCAUCCCGCCCAGCAGCUCCCUGGUCAGGGACGCCGUCCCGCCGACCUCGGGGGACAGCACCUAUGAGGUCGUGAAAGACAUGUCGACGGCGUCCCGAGACGUCAGCGUGGAGGACUCCCUCUACGAGACAGUCAAGGAACUGAAAGACCCCCCGAAGAACCUGCGCCUCCCCAACGGUACCGCCGGCCCUUCUCCCGCUCACGCCCCCCCUCCCCCUCCUCACCCCCCCUCCCUCGUCAACGGCCACGCGGGCUGCCCCCGCACGCCAGAGUACGCCUCGGUGAACCGCAGCAAGAAGAGCCGCUUCAGCGCAGACCUGGAGGCCAAGCGGCGUUCGGAGGACGGCGGCGGCGGCGUUCCGUCUCCCGGGUCCGGGGAAGAACCCGAGGACGCGCCGCCGCCGCUGCCGGAGAAGGUCCUGGAUGAGAACGACAACCAGCCCGCGCUGACGAACGGACACGCCGGGGCGGAGCUGCGCAACGGGAAGUCUUGCGCGUACCCGUCUGCGGGCAGAACAACCGCGGGGGACGGCAGCGUGACCCGCGAGGACAAGGAGCACGACUACAGCAGCAUCGCCGAGCUCAAAGGCCUGAUCCCGGCCGGGUCGUCGGGGGACCUGUACGCCAGCGUGAGGGACGUCUACGCCCACCCGGCGGGGGACGCCGCCCAGGAUGCCGCCGACCCGGGCUACGAGAGCAUCCGCGUCCCAAAGACAGCCGGCGGCUCGGACGAGGAGCGCAGGGAGGGGAUCGGGGCGGAGGGGUCGGAACCCGACUACGAGAGCGUGGGGGAGUUGGGUCUGGGUCGGGAGAUGUCUCGCCUUUGAGCAACCGAUCGUCAUUUAUCAUCAUCAUCAUCUUGCGGACUGGGGAACGUGUUCGGGGACACUUUGGGUGAAUGUCGUCGGUACUAACACCCACCUGGUGGUCGCAAAUACCUCCGGGUGACGUAUCACCCCACGCGUGAAAAAUCUUGAAGAAAAGUUGAAUGUUCCGGAGACGAUUGCAGAUUUAAAGAGGACUCGCGGGGAAAAGGUUUCCGCACGCCGUUCGGAUAAGAACGCAAACCCGCGGCGAGACAUUCGGUCGUUUCAUAUCAUCUGCAUUCAUCCGUUCAAGAUCCAAAUCUUGAGUUGCGUCCCCACGUGGGGGGGGGGGGGGGCGCAGAAUUUGCACCUACCUUCGAGGGCACACCCAAAGCACUUAGUUUCAAAGAUACCAAAUUUUGAGUUUUGUUCCAUUUCUGGGGGAGUACCCUUCCAGACCCCGCCUGCCAAGACCACACCCUUACGUUUGAGUCGGGGGGGGCACCUUUGAGAAACCGUCCCACACGUCAACCUCUGAUGACCCACCCGUCCCACCAACCUGGGCCCACCUUAAAAUACACAGAGUUCUACCCUUCAAGGACCCACCCUACACGCCGACCUUUGAGGACUUUACCCCUCCCACCGAUCUGGGUCCUCCCCCCCAAAAUUUGCGUCGAAGGAACGGACUUCCGAGUUGCCACCCAACGCAACCGCCAUCCAAAACCCACUCUCGCCACCAACCUUCAAGCUAUCGUGCAAAGAUUUUAACCCUCAAAUGCGCGCGGCUACACGCUAGCAAACGUCACCCAGGUCCCUGCAGAUAACGGCGGCGGCGCUUCAAGUAGCUUAACGGCCUUUAGCAAGUCCCCCCCCCCCCCCCCCCCCGCUGUCCCGUGCGGACAUUUUCUUGUGAAUCUGCUAUUUAUUUUGCAAAUAUGUGCCAAUGUGAAGGUGUGCCUGCCAAGAAAAAGAAGAAAAUUCCCUUUUGGAGUCCCCCCCCCCCCAAGUUUCUAGCGCUUUUACAUACGGGAAAACAUUCGGUACACGUUACCUUGACUUUUUGACGACUUCAUCCAGCGCGGACGUGACGACAGAUUCAAACAUUCGUAUCAUUAUCAACGCGGGCGAUUUGGAUGUGAUCUUGCGGUACAUUUACAUCGUCUUCGCUUCCUUGACGGCGUCGAGGCACUAGGUUUAUAAUGGCGGUACAGUAUUUUUUCCCCCUCUCCUUUGCACAAUUUCAAUAUCUUAACGCUUAAAUGUAUAGUAGCACAAAAAUACUUAAUACAGAGCACUAUUUUAACCCAGCUUUACCCGCAGGAAUAUUUUGCGUUUAUGCAUAUUUAUCCUUUUAUUUUUUUUUUUUUAUCGAAAAAGCACUGAUGGACAUGUACAAACGGCGUCGUCCAAUGGCUAGUCAUCUUGCUUCUAGCUAGUAGCCAAUCAAAUGUCAAGAAAAAAAAUGGUACAGCGUCUUGGUACGUUUUAUUUCUGUGGUACUUUUAUUUAAAAAAAAAAAAUUGAAUUACACAUUUGUUGUGAUGAUGUUUUGUGCAAAUAUCAAGCGAUUCCCCGUAUGUAUGUUUUUUUUUUUAAUUGUUAAGACUUGUGGCUGUUUAAAUAAAAAUCUU